CUCAAACGGAAGGGACCCGGAACACGCAACAACCACGACUGACUAAGCACGUCCUGGCAUUGUACACAACCAAUCGCUAUCAUCAAGAUACCUCCUUUCUGCGUAAACACAACUUCUUCACAUCUCCCAAAUAGACUCCAGGACUGUAUCAUGGCCAUCAGGCCUCCCAACUUCUGCCGGUGGUGGACAGUGCUUUGGACUGGCGCGGGGUCCUAGAACUGUAUCCGACGCGGGCCUUUUGCGAAAUUGCCACAGUUUCCCAACCACCGUCUGAUCGCCUUUCCUAGGUUCGCGAGAUAUCAACAUCUGGGCUCUGCAUGCGCUGUGUCAUCCUGGACUAGUCCAAAGCCUGUCCCGUUGGUCAGAGACUCGUUCCCCACGGCAGGCCUAAUCGCCGAAGCGGAUCCUCGAGGGCCAAGCGAAGUUCCACCAGCAUGCGCAACAUCAUUCGUGAUGCAAGCAUCGUCAACAGGCAAUCCUAAGCCGCGCAAACCCCGUCCCUCACGAGCGCGAGGCUUACGUACGACAACUGGAUGCCUAACUUGUAGACGAAGGAGGGUGAAAUGUGACGAGCUAAGACCGCGAUGCGCAACAUGCAGUAAAUCCGACAGAGAGUGCUUAUGGCCAUCACCCAAUGAUCCUCCUGGAGGUGCAGCAAGCAAUGCUUCUGGAUCUGUACAGUCUGACACGUCGCCGGCCCAAGAUGCCUCUUCUAUCGCGACUACAUCACCGGCGCCUGCCAGACGAGCAAUCCCAUCUGAAAUCGAUCCUCAGCUUUGGAACAAUUCUCCCGAGCUCCUGUUCGAAUCGCCAUCGACGGUCAUCAACUCGUUGCCUUCCCCCAAUUCAGCCCCUCUAGCUUAUUACGAUCUGCUUGCCGAAGACGCCAUCAACAAUAUCGACAAGUACAAUCUCAAUGUGGACCUAGACAGGAACAACUUGUCCAGACAGCAAAGUCCAGCAACCGACGGAGCAAGCUCUGAUCGACACCCGCUUUCGUAUGAACGAACGGAAGAUGCCGAUCCAUCGGGACAUGAGCCGUGGAACUGUAUCGAUGUCAUACCAAUGUCAGACGACGAGCUUGUGCUUUUCCAACACUACGUCAAUGUUAUUGGACCCAUCUUGGACCUGAACGACCCUUCUAAGCAGUUCACAUACACUGUCCCUUCUCUAGCCGUUCACAAUGUUGGCCUUUUGAAGUCUUUGCUUGCCGUGUCGGCGCGGCACAUGGCACUUCUGAACGAGCCACAGCUUCGGCGGCUCAACAUACACGAUCCGACACCAGACGCCGAAGAUGGGAGGACAAGACAACUCCACAGCCCUCUAAUUCAGGUGGCAACGCAGUAUUACUAUGAGACUCUGCAUUACCUAUCGAAGAAUCUCUUCUACCCGUCCUACAAUAAGUCUAGGGAGAUCAUAUCAACCUCCAUCCUUAUCAGUACAUAUGAGAUGUGGGACUCUGAAGGCCAGUACAGUAAUGGAGCCUGGGAGAGACAUCUUCGUGGCAUAUUCUGGAUACAGCGGAGUCAGAAUAACAACGGAGAGUCACCAGAUCCGCUCCGGCGAGCUGCCUGGUGGCAAUGGAUACGUCAGGAUACUUGGGUCGCGUUCCGCGAAGGACGACGGGUUCUCACUAUCUGGCGACCUACUAAGCGUUUGAUGGAUCUCACCCCGGAUGAACUUGCGUUACGAAUUGUGUACAUAUGUGGAAGAUGUGUAGACUUUGCGGCAAACGAGAAGAAGUACGAUCUGACCACACGCAUCGAGCAAGCUGGAAAGCUUUUACAAGCCCUAGAAGACUGGUAUGGGGCGCUUCCAAUGUCCUUUCAACCUAUCCAUCGCGGACCUCCUCCACCUGGACCGGGCGCUCUGUUCACGCCCAUCUGGAUCCAUCCUCCUUCGUACGCAGCUGCCAUGCAAACCUUUCACUUUGCGCGAAUCAUCGUUCUAAUCAAUCAGCCAUCGAUGGGAGGCGUGGACGAGUUUAGAAUCCGACAGCGUACCCUGGACGAAAGUGUAGACAUGAUCUGCGGCAUCGCCAUAACGCAUCAGGGUAGAGAUAUCGCGAGCGCCAUGGUCAACUUCAAGUCUAUCUACGCUGCUGGUCUAUGCGUUCAGAACCCUGUCAAACAAACCGCUAUCUUGCAUCUUCUCGAGCAAACACUUGACAUCACCAAGUUUCCACCUAAGACAUUACUCACGGACCUUACCAGCUAUUGGCGAGCCGAAUCUUAGCCUUCCAUUCAUCGUGCCGAAUGCAGCUCAAGUCCCAUCUUCCUCCAUGAGUGCAUGUCAAUUUCGUCAUCGCGGCAAUGCGGCAUUUAUCGGACCGCAAGAAAACAGACUUUCAGCCGCAUGUUCAGCCGCACUUGCGUUGACUCCACUGCGAUGCAGGUGGGUUCCGAUGGGUUGGUCGCAUGACUCGUAUCUAGGCCAAGAUCAGAAGAACAUGACAAGGUCAGAGUGUCACGUUGCGAGGCAGAAGUCGGAGGUUGUAGCGGAGCAGACUCUUAUUCAGGUUCGCCUUCCCCACAGACCCCACACGGAGGUGUAUGUUCGCCGUCGUGCUAUUCCCUGCAG